AUGAGGGGCGGUCCAGUUGGAGAGCGGCAACGCAAAACCCACAAGAAGUCACGUGCUGGCUGUGAUCAAUGCAAGAAACGUCACUACAAGUGUGAUGAAGGGAAGCCCUCGUGUGGUGGAUGCGCUAAGAGAAAAGUCGAAUGUAGCUUCACAACAGCUCAAAGUCCCGGUUCAGAUGUCUCCGUCAAUACCAGGGUAUUCAACGCGAUCUCGCACAACAUCACCGAAUACGAUGGUAACUCUGAGUCGUCCCUGCCUAUGGCGGAUCUGGAACUGCUCCAUCAAUCCAUGACUAGUACUGCGUACACCAUAACACCGGACCACAAGCCAAACAAGGACGAAGGAAAACUGCCUCUACGUUUUGAUUAUCUAAUGCAUUCCACACUUGCACUGGCAGCACUACACCUAUACUCGGAACAACCUCAUCGGCUGGAGCUCCUAUCCAGAGCAGCUUCUCAUCAGCAUGCUGCUUUGUCUCUUGUACGUCCUCACAUCAUAGACGGCACUCCUGAACACAGCCAAGCGAUCUUGGGUUUCGCCGCCAUCACUUCUAUAUUUGCGCUUGCUGAGCCUGCGUACGACCCCCGUGGCCUUGGAUUGGUGCGUGAUCCUGUGGAUGAACUGCUUAAUUCCUUCCAUCUUGGCAGAGGCAUCAAAACUAUUCUUACGCAAAAAUGGCACGUACUUCAGCACAAUGAAUCAAUACAAAAAGUAGCCGUUCUUACGGACUACACGGCGCUCAUACCGACAUUGGACAACGUAUAUCCUGCAUAUCCGAUCUUGCGUGGUGUCAUAUCGCAACAUUGUCACGACGAUGAAGCAGCUUCAUGUCUACACGCUGCGCAGACCGUAUUUCACUACAUGGCAAUCAUGGAGGCGCACCACCAGGAAGUUCCUGGACCAAUGUACAUUCAGAUGUGGCCUAUCGAUGUCAGCACAGUUUUCCUCGAUAUGCUGGCUGAUCGUCAUUCGAUAGCUCUUAUCGUACUGGCUCAUUACGCGGCACUGAUGAGGACGAGAUCGAACACCUGGUGGCUUGAGCGAUGGCCUUCUGCUUUGAUCCAGCAUAUUACCAUGAUCCUAGAUCCUAGUCUCAUCGUCCAUCUUGACUGGCCUAGAGACAAAGUCCUGCGAUUGGACCAGACAUUCCCGUCUCCAGUGGAGAUGGACCUGGCCGUCGCCUGA